AUGAGGGGGCAAAAUUUGGGUAUUACUGAUCAUACUUUAUGCACGAUUUUAAAUGCUUGUAGCAGCCUUGCAUUACUACUUCAAGGAAGGCAAGUGCACUCUAUAGUUAUUAAAAUGGGUUCGGAAAGGAAUGUGUUUGUGGCCAGUGCUUUGAUUGAUAUGUAUUCAAAAGGUGGCGAUAUUGACGAGGCUCAACGCGUGUUAGAUCAGACUUCUGAGAAGAAUAAUGUGUUGUGGACAUCCAUGAUCAUGGGUUAUGCUCAAUGUGGGAGAAGUUCAGAGGCUUUGGAACUUUUUGAUUGUCUACUGACCAAGCAAGAGUUAGUUCCUGAUCAUAUCUGCUUUACUGCUGUAUUAACAGCUUGUAAUCAUGCAGGAUUGCUUGACAAAGGGGUGGAAUACUUUAAAAAAAUGACAACAAAUUAUGGCUUGUCUCCUGAUAUUGAUCAAUACGCUUGCUUGAUUGAUCUCUAUGCUAGAAAAGGGAAUUUGAGUAAGGCAAGGGAUGUAAUGCAAAAAAUGCCCUAUGAUCCUAAUUAUGUAAUUUGGAGCUCUUUCUUGAGUUCUUGCAAGAUAUAUGGAAAUGUAAAACUUGGGAGGGAGGCUGCUGAUCAACUUAUCAAGAUGGAACCAAGUAAUGCAGCACCAUAUUUAACAUUAGCACAUGCCUAUGCAAGAAAGGGUUUAUGGAAUGAAGUAGCUGAAGUCAGAAGGCUUAUGCAACAAAGGACAAUGAGAAAACCUGCAGGAUGGAGUUGGGUGGAGGUAGAUAAGUUAUAGAUGAGGUUACUCCUCAACAAUCACAUGAAAACUACAUAGUUAGAAAACAAAAAAUUACACAGAAACCGUGGAAACUUCAUCCUAUGUACUGUAUUAAGUCUUAUAACCUAAACACAAUUUAAGGAUGUCAUAUGAACAUAAAUUAUGGUGGUAAUGGAGUGUUAUGGGAGAGGGAUGGAACUGGUGGAAUAUGAAUUAUGGUGGUAAUGCUCUCUCUUUUUUCACUUUGCGGCUAUACUGAGAGAAAAUAAGAAUAAAAUUGAAAAAUAAAGCAAAAUGAGUAAAUAAUGACUUGGUUUUUUGAACCGACUAAUGAAAUGAAACAAAAUUUCUUUUAAAAGAUAACUGACAUUUGAAAUGUGGGAGUAUAUUAUGGUUAGAAUAUCUCAAAUUGAAUCUGAUACUGAAUUUUGAGUUCCACCAGAUCCUGUUUCAAGCCCUAUGGAGGAGCAAG